CCGAGGUUCAUUCAUAACUAGGUUCAGCUCUGGAUGAAAAUGAAAGGCGCCCAGUGAAGAGCCGCAUGCAGCCCAACUAGGAAGUGCACAUUCUUGCCAGGACCAUGAGCGAUGAGCCGCCUCUGCUGACCACCAUCACGGAGAACGCCACUGAUGUUCCAGUGGCAUCAGCCAGGCCGGAUAACUAUGUGCUGCUGUUGGUGAUGCUGUGCGUUUUUGCCGGCGGAACGCUGGUCCUGCUCUCCGUUCUCCUUAUCUUCUGCCAUCGCUGCUGUCAGAGCGGACGCCGCUACUCGAGGGCCAGUGAUGACUUGGAGAAAACCAACACCACAUAUGUGGAAGAGAGUCAACCUACACAAGACAUCACCAUUAGGAUGGAAAGCACGGACACGCUGUCCACCUCCAGCUGUCACGGAGAUGAGAACACAGAGCGCUUUCAGUCCUCGGUGUACACAGGCCGGCGGGUCUCCUUCAACGAGACGGCCAUCUAUGAGCAGAGCAAGAAGAACCAGGAGAAAGGCCGAAGGUAUACCCUUACAGAGGGUGAUUUUCACCACUUGAAGAAGGCACGCCUGACCCACCUGCACAUUGCUCCUCCAGCGCUGAACAUCCUGACCAUCAUGGAGUGUGACUCACCUGAGAACAGCAUCAGUCUGCGAGAACAGCUUCAGCCCAAACCUUCCCUCUCGAUAUUUCAGCUUGGUGAGGGCACCCUGCCUGAAUCUCAAGUGCCGUGGAAUUGCCAGAGCCCAAGUUGUGCACUUCCUGGAGACGCCCUCAACUCUGUCCUGGACACCACCUUUAAUUCCAGCACUAGUGAAGGAAGCACUGAACCACCUCGAUCAAGGACUAUUGAGGCAAUAGGAAAUGCUGCUUCAAAGAUGGAUGGCAACCCCGGAUCCUCCCAAGUGACAGGAGCAUGUGCAUCAUCUGGAGGAGGAGGAGGCGGCGGCUCAUCUUCAGGCCAGGGCACCAUGCUGCACUUUCUGUCCCGACUCAGGCGACAUGCGAGUCUAGAGGGAGCCAGCCCUUAUUUCACUAUCAAAAAGUGGAAGUUAGACAGCAGUAACAGAGCAGCCAGUCUGGACAUGAGAGGUUCACCACGGAGACGGGCAUUUCAAAGACAGAGAGCAGCAAGUGAGACUUUUGAACAGGGGGAGGAGGACAUCCAGCAGUCUGGACCAGGUGCAGAAAGUGAUUUUUUGUUGCAUGUCAAUCUCCCUCAGCAACAAGUUAACCCCCCAAGACGACUCUCUGCUGGCUCUUUGGAGUCAUCAACUACAGGCUGUCCACCUCCACAAGCCCCACUCAGGAGGUUAGAGGUGAAGGCUGUAUUUGAAGUAAGGGAUGAAGACAGCAAGACCCAAACAGCCCUCAAGUUACCAGAAUCCUUUGCGCCUCAAGGGAAGGAUGAAGUGGAAAAGAAUGGAGAUACUGGAGAGAUUAUACUAGGAGCAACAGGAGGAGAGGAUACUAUCACUGAAGGGCCUUCUGAAUUUGGUUUGAUGAACAGACAGGAAAGUCUGGAGCAGCCCAAUAUGUACCGGGACAUCUGGAGCCUACGAGCAUCUCUGGAACAGUAUGCCUCCUCUGAUCUGAGCAGCAAUGACAGAGACUCUACACGCAGUGAUGCUGAUAGUGUCUGUUCACUAGGGGCCAUUGGUGCCUCCAGAACCGGUAUGCUUAUUUACCAAUCACAAGACAUAGAUGAUGAGAUCGAUGGGGAUGGUGAGCUUCCAUAUGAUGAUGUGGUCAGAGACGUAAGCAGCAGAAGGAAUGGCAGGGACAGUGUGGACUCGGAGAGAGGCAGCGACAGUGAGGCUGGAAGCAGGAAGCUUCUGCAAAUGGACAGUGGCUAUGCUUCCAUUGAGGCACCAUGCAAAGCACCAGAGGAACUACGACUGUUUGGAAGCACUUCGGGCAAGACAGCUUCAGAACGGCGCCGCUUCUUUACGAAUGCUGGCCGCAAGGGCACGGUGUGUGAGAGUUUUGAGGCCCGAUUGUUCAAAGAGGAGCUGGAAGAUGAAGCUUUAGAAAGCAGCAUUAGUGUAGCGUCAGAAGUUCCCAGUACCAUACCCCAGAACGAAGCAAGCGUCUCACUCAAAGACACACAAGAAAUGCAGACAGAAACCAAACCCAGACCUCGCUUUCGUCGCAGAGACUACAGCAUAGACGAGAAAACAGAUGCGCUGUUUAAUGAAUUCCUGCGCCACGAUCCACAAUUUGACCAGCAAGGUUCACCUUCUCUACGGCAUAGACAUCGCUCACGGAUCCACCUGCGCAAGCAGUGGCAACGCACAAAGCAGUACAGUGACCCUGGAGCUGCUCGCUACUCACCGUCCCUGGAAAGACAGCGAACUUACGCACUGCGGAGGGGAGACAGUGCCAACUACCCACUGGAUACACGGUACCACAGCACCCUACCGCGUAUUGCUAGUGCUGCAGACGAGGAGGCCAGUGAAGGAGCAGCCAGUGAAGGCACUGAAUCGGCCAAAGCACAGGACUCAGGUCCAGCUCCCGAAGACAAUUCCAACAACAGCAGUAACAACAGUAGCCCUGUAGUAAAGUCACAGGGGGAUCAUCCCACCGUGUUGUUUUCCACACCCUCAAUGGACAGCACCGGGGGGGACUCUGGGAUACUGGAGGGUUGUGGGAGUGCUAUGCAUCCUACAGAUGAACAUAGAUGGUCUGUCACAGACCUCAGUCUUGUAAAGACAAGUGACAUCCAAUGGAACACAGGCAUUCACAUUCCAGAGAGCAGGUAUUACAUGGAUGAGGACCCUAUGGAUAAAGGGUAUGUGCAUAGCGUAGCGGAACCCAAUCCUUCCGAUAAAUUGGUGAGCAGUCUAAAUGAACGGCUCUACACCAGCCUGAAGAGGACUCAAGGCAGUCAAGAAUGCAUGGUGACUGUGACCCGCACCUCCCCAGACCUCAGCCAGGCCUAAGAGCAUGAUAAAUUGCACCAUACCAUGACUGGGGUAAUUAGAAGGAACCCCCUCAGAGUACAUCAUUUUUAUCUGGAGGUGUUAAGACAACCCGAUUCCACACUACCAAAACCUCAGUCAUUUUCAGAUAAAUAAUGCAUGCUUGUUCCUUAAUAAUGCAGGUUUUAAGUAAGUGAGUUUGGUGCAAUCUCAAACUAGGGAAAUGUCUGAAAAUGUAGUAAAAGUAAAAUCCAUAUGCAGACAAUUAUGCUAAAAAAAAAAAAAAAAAAAGACAUUAUUUUGUCCAGGUCAAUGUUAAGACUAUUUCAAAUUGCACUGUGAAAACUAGGUCAACUAGGGUGCUUUGUGAAACACAGUUACAGGGCAAUUCAGAGUAAUAACCACAAGACUCAACUGCACUUUUGUUCAUUACAAAUUAUGAUAACGAAUCAGCCUUUUCCCCUCAAAGAAACGCAUUAGACAGCGUUAGUUCUUCCAGAGGAAGUCAGUAGUUUUCUUGUUAAUUUAAUUAUGAUCACAUUACUCCUAAAUAUGGGUCUCUAAGUCCUAUGCUAUUUUGGAAUUGCAACUCUAUUCCGAUCCUAGCACCUAGCAGAUCUUUUCAAAUCACAUCUUUUUAUAGAAUGCUGAUUCAUAAUCCUCUUUCCUCAAUUUAUGUGUGGGAUUAAAGUACUUCAUCCCCAAAUUAUUUUCCCUAUUUGAGGACAAGUUCACAUUGAGUUUUAAAGUUAUGCACUUCAAUUUCAAAAGAGUAGUCAGAUAACCAGAGCUUCUUCCUUUCCUUUUGAUUCUAAAGGCUGCAUUAAAUGGUAUGAUAUUCGUGUGGAAGAAUUCCUUCCACGUGAAAAACACUCAAAAUGAACUAUUUGCCAUUUAGUUUGUGACCAAAGGCAAGUUUGAGCAGAGUGUGAAAUUGUGGCCCUGAAGAAGGGAACCAAGAUGCUAAAAUAAAAAAAAAAAAGUCACUUAUGACGGAAAGUUUUACUUUAUCGAAGGAGAAAACUGCAGAACAUGUGAACAUAAUUGACAAGAUUUUAUUAGCAUCAGCUCACACCGUGUGAGACAAGACCUCUGUCAUGCCACAGUGUCAAGCAUAAAGUACAUUAAAAAAAAAAAAAGAACAAAAAGGAAAAAAAGAGCUCUUUUGAUAAAGGGGCGCUGACUUUACUUUGACUCCCUACUAUUAGUUCUGUUCAUUUUAUUUUUUAAGUGUCCUUGUUGGCAUGAUGUAUAGUCGACACUGGCGCAAACCUUGGGAGGCGGGCCAGCGGUGUCGGACAUCUUUCAUGUUUCUGGCUAAGAAGUCAAAAAGUCACUUUCCAUUUUAUACCUUAAUGUUAUUUAUUGAUUUUUUUUUUUUUUUGUCAGUCUUAAUUAUAAUAUUUAUUAAUGUCGUAUGUUCUAUAGAAAGCUUAAAGCAGACAUUAAUCAUGACUAAAGGGAUGGGAAAAUGGCCCGGAGCUUGGAACGUGUGUGCGCGAUAUUGAUUGUCCAGAGUAAAGAAAAAUCUCUGGCAUUAAAAUAUUAUUUUUGGAAAUUUUGCACAAAACUAGAUAUAUGCAACGUUAGCUAACAGGAACUAAAUUACAGUAUUAAGUUCGCUUGUGGCUGGAUUUACAAAACCAACCGAUAAACGCCGAUACUUUUCCAAACACCAAAUGAUUUAUAAGGUGGAAAUCAAGCCUAGGGUUCGUAGUUCUGAUAAACAUUUCAACGCAUCAGUGAGCCAUGAAAAAGGCUGCCAUGAAUUGAACACAUGAAGCGUGUUAAACAUGCCUGCUCAUUGCACACUAGUCCUUGUGGAUAUAAAACUGUCGGAGAUUGAUUAUGAACCAGUCUCUCGUUUUCUUUCACACAGAGCUCUUUGUUCUCAUAUUACAUAUUGAUUAGAAGCAAACGAAAGACAGCCCUUAAACAGCAGUGAUGAGACGGCGUGUUUUUCCACCGCCUUGACAUCAGAUGAUGAGGUGAUAGCAACCUCAGAAACGUACAACUAAGCAGACCUGAAGUGGUCUUAUAAUAGUUUGUAUCAAGAUGUAGGACAUACGAUGUAAUACAUCGCACAUAGCAGAUUAUCAAACCCUUAUAAGUGCUUUAGAUGCAGUUAAAGAUCGACACCGAUCAGGCGUAACAUUAUGACCAUCUGCCUAAUAUGGUAUUGGUUCUCCUUUUGCUCCCGAAACAGUUCUGACCCAUCGAACAUUAACAGAAUUAACUUCUUCAGCCAUUUGAGCUACAGGAGCUCGUCUGUUGGUUCGGACCACACGGACCAGUCUUCACGUCCCAUGUACAUCAGUGAGUCUCGGGUGCCCAUGAACCUGUCACCGGUUCACCACUGUUCCUUCCUUGGACCACUUUUAAUAGAUACUGACCACUGCAUAUAUACAGUGUGAGAUUUUUAUAGAUAUAUAUAUAUAUAUAUAUAUAAAAUGCAGUCAGAAAGUUUGUAUAGAAUAGUCCAAAUAGCUAUUGAAGCACAGUGGCCAUGUACUUUCAUUAGGAUCCUUUGUGGGUGAUUCUAUAACUGCGUUGCUAUUGAGGGAUAAAUGACACUUAGAACAAGAACAAACACAUAUUUAACCCAUCUCUCUCUCUCUCUCUCUCUCUCUCUCUCUCUCU